UGGCAGAGGAGGGAGGGGACGGGCUGACAGAGGAGAGGAAAUUCCCUUGGAACCUGUUUCUCAGCCUCCUGGGCUUCCUGGCCCAGCUAGGGAGCUCGCUGGAAUUAGAGGCCCGGCUGAAGACCCAGGCCGCCAUGGCCUCGGCCCUGCACCCACCCAGGGCCCCCAAGCCCAGGAGUGCCCUGCGCUCACACUACUAUGAGAGCUUUCUGGAGAAGAAGGGGCCCUGUGACCCGGAUUACAAGAAGUUCUGGGCAGGACUCCAGGGCCUUACCAUCUAUUUCUACAAUAGCAAUCGGGACUUCCAGCACGUGGAGAAGUUAAACCUGGGCACAUUUGUGAAGCUCAGGGACGAGGCUCCCAGAGGGAGCUCAUGGGACCCUGGAACCUACUUCAGCCUGGUCCUCUCCAACCAGGAGAUCAAGUUCAAGGCAGAGAGCCUGGAGUCUCGGGAGAUGUGGAAAGGCUUCAUCUUCACGGUGGUGGAGCGCCGCGUCCCCGCCAAUCUGACCCUGCUGCCCGGACAUCUGUACAUGAUGGCUGAGGCCCUGGCCAAAGAAGAGGCGCGCCGCGCGCUCGAGACGCCCUCGUGCUUCCUGAAGGUGAGCCGGCUGGAGGCACAGCUGCUCCUGGAGCGCAACCCCGAGAACGGAAACCUGCUGCUGCGGCCCAGCGGGGACGGCACCGACGGGGUGUCGGUGACUACACGACAGAGGCUCAACGGGGCGUACGUGUUCCGGCACUACAAGGUGAAGCGGGAAGGCGCCAAGUUCGUGAUCGACUUGGAGGAGCCGUUCUCCUGCUCCUCGCUGGACGAGGUGGUCAACUAUUUCGUGACGCACACCAACAGGGCACUGGUGCCCUUGUUGCCGGACGAGGACUACGAGAAGGUGCUAGGCUACGUGGAAGCGGAUAAAGAGAACGGCGAGAGUGUGUGGGUGGCGACCUCCGCCCGGCGCCCAGGUCCUGCACCUGCCACAGGCAGCCCCAAGCUGCCGCCUCCUGAGUCCCUGCCUCUGUCCAGCCAGAACAAGGUGCCUCUUUUACCUCCCCUGCCCCCGCUGCCAGGCCAGGAGGAGGACUACGUGACGCCCAUUGGAGACGCCCCGGCUGCUGAAUACGAGAACCAGGACGUGCCUUCCCCUAGUGGGCCCAUUAUCCCGAAACCCAAGUUGGCAAAAGUUCAGGCAAAGCUUCCAAGGCCACCCACCGCACCCAAGCCAGACCUCAAACUCCUGAACAGCAGCCUCACCAGGAAGCCGGCCGCCAGCGAAGCUCAGUCUUUCUCUGCCACAGCAGGUGCGGGGCCUGGGGAUCCAUGCAGGGCAGGCUUCCCAGGGCUGGCAGAGGUGACCGCGGAGCUGCAGGAGAAGCUGCAGAGGCGGCGGGCCCUGGAGUACUGAUGCGGACGCGGCGGGGGACCGGCGGCCAGUCUUGGGGCAUCAGCCCAGCAGGCAGCUCCUGUCUCCCGGGAUUAAAACUCAAGUGACCUCCAGA